CUGCCUAAUCCCUGAUUAAUGUAAAAGCCUUUUUGUUUUAUUGCAGUCACUGUACUUCUAAUGUUGAUGUUAUGAAUUAUGAAGGAAAUCUCAGCUGGAAAAAGCUUAAUGGAGGCGUUCUCUAACAAGCGUGAAUCUUUUACCAUCCAAUACUGAAGAGAGUUUCAUUGCUUGUUAAUGGCUUUGUCAGCUUCUUUCUUCUCUCUGUAACUUAUUUGCUCCCUUCUGGACUAUUUAACCGAGCAGCUACUUUACCUCAAAGCUCUAAUGGCAAAACUAAAAGCAGUCUGCCAUUUCCAUCUUCUUCUGUUCAUGUUCUUGUUCUCUUUUCAUCUUUCAACUCAGCUUCCACCUUCUCAAUCCCAAGCCCUUCUGCAAAUCCAGAAGCUUCUAAACUACCCUCAAGCUCUAGCCAGCAUUGACCAUGUCACAGACUUCUGUGACAUUGAGUCCACUCCAUCUCUUACAUUAGCAUGCUAUGAGGACAAUAUAACCCAGCUCCACAUUGUUGGGGGAACUGGGCACCCCCCAUUUCAACAAAAUAUUUCAACUGACUUUUUAUUUUCCUCAUUCUCCGAGUUGCCCAAUUUGAAAGUACUUACUCUGGUUUCUCUGGGUCUUGAGGGUCCAUUGCCUCCAACUGUUGGUAAGCUUUUUUCUCUAGAAAUACUCAACAUAAGCUCAAAUUCAUUCUAUGGCUCCAUUCCGGAGGAGCUUUCUUCUUUGAAAAGCCUCCAGACCCUCAUUCUUGACUACAACGAUUUCUCUGGUAAUAUUCCUGGUUGGAUUGGUUCACUUCCAGUGUUGAGUACCCUGAGUUUACAGAACAACUCCUUUAAUGGGUCCUUGCCAGAUUCUAUUACCCGUAUGGGAAGUCUUCGAGUUCUUACUCUCUCCAAAAAUCAUCUGUCUGGGAAGGUGCCAGACCUCAGCAACUUAACCAACAUGCAAGUCCUUGAGUUGGGGGACAAUCUUCUGGGACCUCGGUUCCCUAAAUUACCCAAGAGGCUAAGUAUACUUGUGCUCAAAAACAACAGAUUUCGGUCCGGAAUCCCAGCUGAGUUGGGCUUCCUAUAUCGGCUUGAAAAGCUGGACAUAUCUUCGAACAAGCUUGUUGGACCGUUUCUGCUAUCUCUUUUAGCACUUCCUUCGAUUAAGUAUCUGAAUGUUGGGGGCAACAGAUUAACUGGGCUGCUUUACCAGAACAUAUCUUGCAAUAGUGAUCUUACUUUUGCAGAUUUAUCCUCAAAUCUUUUGACAGGAGACCUGCCCACAUGUCUGCAGCAAUUGGGUUCCAAGAACGGUGAUAUCACUUAUGCUGGAAAUUGUUUGUCAAAUAAAGACCAAGAACAGCACCCCUUAAACUUCUGUCACAAUGAAGCUUUGGCGGUGAGGAUUGGGCCUCAUAAUCUGGAGCAUAGGAAGGUUCAUUCUGAGGUAAUGACUUUGUUGCAAAUUUUUGGAGGAAGUAUUGCUGGAAUUAUAGUCAUUGCUGUGGUGUUCUUAACGAUGAGAAGGACAUACAGUAAGGGUGUUGUUAAAGAACCUUCUACAAGUACAAGGUUUAUAACAGAGAAUUCAUCUGUAACAGACACGGCCAAGCAGCUGUAUGGUGCCAAGUAUAUUUCUCAGACAAUGAAGCUGGGAACUAGUCUUCCUCCUUAUCGAACUUUCACCUUGGAUGAACUUAAAGAGGCUACCAACAACUUUGAUGCUUCGACUUUGAUAACUGAAAGUGUGGAUGGCCAGGUAUUCAAAGGGAUGUUUACAGAUGGCAGCGUCGUCGCCAUUAGGAGUUUGACUUUGAGAAGGCGGCAAACCCCUCACAGCUACAUGCAUCAGUUGGAGUUGAUAUCUAAACUACGACACAGCCAUUUGGUCAGCGCUCUUGGACACUGUUACGAGUUCCUUCCAGAUGGUUUAACCAUCAGCAGAGUAUUCCUUAUAUUCGAGUACUUUCCGUAUUGGACACUAAGAAGCCAUGUAUCUGGGCUACCUGGGCAAAAUCUUUCCUGGACAAAAAGAUUAUCGGCUGCUAUCGAAGUGGUGAAGGGUGUGCAGUUCCUACACACCGGAAUUGUGCCUGGUGUAUACUCAAACAAUUUGAAGAUUACAGAUAUUUUACUAGAUCAAGAUCUCCAUGUGAAAAUCAGCAGUUAUAAUUUACCUAUCGUAGUCGAACAUGGUGGAACGAUGACUUCAGGAGUUUCAUUCAUUGGUACAAAAGGGAAGCGCCAUGCUACGGGAGUAAAUCAUGCAGAUAAGAAUGAUGUCUAUGGCAUAGGAGUGAUAUUACUGGAAAUAAUUUUGGGAAGACAGAUCACAUCCCAAAAUGAAGUUCAUGUUUCAAGAGAUCUUCUGCAGGUAAGCCUAAAAACAGAUGAAAUAGCUCGAAAGAGCAUCGCGGAUCGAGCAGUACACAAGGGGUGCUCAGAUGAAUCGUUAAAGACGACGAUGGAAAUAUGCCUAAGAUGCCUCCAUGAGAAGCCAGCAGAUAGACCUUCCGUAGAAGAUAUCCUUUGGAAUUUGCAUUUUGCAGGGCAAGUUCAGGACUCAAGCAGAGACCACACUCAGAACAGCCAAGACUCACCUGCAACUGCAUCACCAUCCCAAGAAAUGCUCUAAAAAGGGAAAAACGGUAAUCAUUGAAGGGCAUUCUUUUGAGUAACCAACCAUUUUAUUUUUCAAUGUUCUCACACUUUGUCGGUUCUUAGAAUGAUGGAGUGGAUUUUGUCAUGAACGUAAAGAACCAAAUAACAACCAUUAUGGUUAGUCUGAAAUUACUUUUUUUUGCCCCUUAUGCCCUGGACGACACACGUGCUACAAUGGCCGGGACAAAGGAUCGUGAUCCUGAACUUUUGUUUGCACAGUGAUAAUGGAAUUUCACUCGUAGCUUUGCUUUUGCUUGUGGCAACCCCGUCCAUUCACUUUUUAUUUAAAAAUUUCCAGAUGUAAAAAAGCCACCUCUGUUUGUAGUUUUUUCCCACAUUUUUUUAGCUCUAAAUGAUGAUAUUAAGAAGCUACACGCUUUUAGGAUUCAUUCACUCUCUAGGAUUCUCAUAUGGUUUUGAACAAUGGACUGCUAUAUUUCACUAGAUUA